AGUGCGUCAGUUGUGGGGAGACGUAGACGAGUUGGGUCCUGGUCUGCGGGGAGGCAGACGGCUCCGUCGCAGACUACGGACCUCUCUGGGUCUCUGCUGCCAAAGAUCCUGUCCGGUAGGGACCUGGCCUAAUAAGAGGCGCUCUUGGCAAUCUUGUUUGUAACAUCACCGGGACCUCCUAGCCGGACGUCAUGAGUGGCUGUCGGGUGUUCAUCGGGAGGCUAAAUCCAGCGGCCAGGGAGAAGGACGUGGAACGAUUCUUCAAGGGGUAUGGACGGAUAAGAGACAUUGAUCUGAAAAGAGGCUUUGGUUUUGUGGAAUUUGAGGAUCCCAGGGACGCGGAUGAUGCUGUGUAUGAACUUGAUGGAAAAGAACUUUGCAGUGAAAGGGUUACUAUUGAACAUGCUAGGGCUCGAUCUCGAGGUGGAAGAGGUAGAGGACGCUACUCUGACCGUUUUAGUAGUCGAAGGCCUCGAAAUGAUAGACGAAAUGCUCCACCUGUAAGAACAGAAAAUCGCCUUAUAGUUGAGAAUUUAUCUUCAAGAGUCAGCUGGCAGGAUCUCAAAGAUUUCAUGAGACAAGCUGGGGAAGUAACCUUUGCUGAUGCACAUCGACCUAAAUUAAAUGAAGGGGUGGUUGAGUUUGCCUCUUACGGUGACUUAAAGAAUGCUAUUGAAAAACUUUCUGGAAAGGAAAUAAAUGGGAGAAAAAUCAAAUUAAUUGAAGGCAGCAAAAGGCACAGUAGGUCACGAAGCAGGUCUCGUUCCCGGAGCAGGAGUUCCUCUAGGUCUCGUAGCCGAUCCCGUUCCCGGAGUCGCAAGUCUUACAGUCGGUCCAGGAGCAGGAGCCGGAGCCGGAGCAAGUCCCGUUCUGUUAGUAGGUCUCCUGUGCCUGAGAAGAGCCAGAAACGUGGUUCUUCAAGUAGAUCUAAGUCGCCAGCAUCUGUGGAUCGCCAGAGGUCCAGAUCUCGGUCCCGGUCCAGGUCCAGAUCAGUUGACAGUGGCAAUUAAACUGUAAAUAACUUGCCCUGGGGGCCUUUUUAAAAAAAAAACAAAUUCCCAAACCAUACUUGCUAAAAAUUCUGGUAAGUAUGUGCUUUUCUGUGGGGGUGGGGUUUGGAGGGGGGUUGGGUUGGGCUGGAUAUCUUUGUAGAUGUGGACCACCAAGGGGUUGUUGAAAACUAAUUGUAUUAAAUGUCUUUUGAUAAGCCUUCUGCUCACAUUUUUGUGGAUGUCUGAAGUAUAUAGUUUGUGUAUAUUGACAGAGCUCUUUUAUAACUAAAGCAAAUUUAAUUUUUUGUACUAGAAAAAAUUUGAACAUUUUAGUUCCUGGUUAUUCAAAUAUGUUAAUUCAGAAUUAGUUUAAUGCCUCAAUUAAACUAAUUAAUAGCUUUGGACACUUAAAAGAGCUCUAAAUUUGCUUGUACAUAAAGGCUUAAUUUGAGUUUUCCUUGUUAGGGUUAAGGGUGUCCUCCCACCCAGGCUUUAACAGCUGCCUAGCCAAGACGUAAAAGCAGCUGUUUGUUAUUGAUAAUAAAAGAUUACAAAACUG